AUGAUAGUGCAGGGCACGAAGCCAGGCGGAGAUGAAAGUUCAGUGAAGUCUGGCUUCAGCCUGACUGCACACACAGCUCUGGAGUGGAUUCUCAAAGGAGAAUGGGUCCUGGGACAGCAGCGCCCUCGGAGACGACGCUGUGGACGACACGUGCGCCUGCGGCGCCCUGGGGUAAGAGGGGAGGCCCCUGCGGCCCCGGUUCUGUCCGCCCCUGCAGCCGCUGCUCGGGGCCACCUGCCUCCCGGCCCCGCCUCCCUCCGGACGCCCCCUUCCCCGCCCCGCCGGACCCCCAGUACUGAGGCCUCCGCGUCCCUGGGCUCUGCGAGGCAUGCACGUCCCUGCGCGUCCCAGGCAGCGAGCGCCCCCUGCUCAGUACCUUCCCCCCUCCCUCCAUCACACUGCCUGGCACAGAGCCGGCGGAUCAGUAGUACUGAUUCCAAACUUAACUGUAUUUUCUGUUUCUUCAUGACGCACCUCUUUCUAGGAGAUGGGGAGCCAAAGCCCAUGCUUCCUUUUAAAUUGGUGCUGUACCUUACCAUAAAUGUGCCUGCCUACCAACUGCACGGGAAUUUAAGGAAACAGAGGAGCAAAAUGGGGAGAAGUGGUGAGAACUGUAGCACCAACGUGAUUGUGUCGAACAUCUCUCAUGAGAACUUAUCUCACUGGAAUUUGUAUUCAGAAGUACCUGUUCCUGAAAAUAAAAACCUCCCACCUGGAAAGGAUAGUACAGCAGGUGGCAAAAUUAACAAGAACCAUUUGGAAAUUCCAGUAGUGCAACUGAUGCGAGCACUUAAUUUGUCAGAGCAUGCUCACAAAAGAACACAGAAUAGUAAACAAGGAAUAUUUCAGUUAUGGAGUUACCAUCUUAAUGAAGGAAGUACCAUUGAGAACAGGGAUUUCAAAAAAUCUUCAAUGGAGAUUGGCCCUAAUGUAACUAAUGACACCAUAAGAUUCUUCACUGUGAACCACUCGCUAACAAGUGUUUCAGUUGAUAAGCAAGUUGGUUCUUACCCUGGACUUCGGAUACCAUUAGAUCUCUGCUGACUCUAUGCUGAUGGAGACUUUUUAAAGGACAGAAGUGAAACUCAUAUUACUUUAUGCUCAACUAUAGAAAACAACGAUGGUGAAACUCUAUCUGCUCCAAAUUGGAACUUGAAAUAUGGAAACAUCAGUGUGGAAGAAAACUUAAGUGAUGAAAGUGAUAUACCAGAAAACGAGAAAGCAAAUGAUAGUUUACUCAGUUAUUUUAAAAAGAUGGACCUGAACUUAAAGCCAAUAGAAACUGUUGAAGAAGUUUUCACUGAGGAACCAAGUGAAGUAUUUCCAUAUGCUGAUUUUCUUCCUCCUCCUUUCAGUGCUCUGAACUUGCAUGAACUCGCCCUCUCAAAAUCUGAAAAUUGGAAAGCAACAAUGGGACCUCCAGAAGGCUCUAUUGAACAUGUGAUAACUCGUUUACUGGAAAUGGAAAGAUGACAGCAUUCGACUAUGCAGAGAGAGAGGCCAAGACUGCAAACUACCUUCUGCACUCCAGCAGUUACCGAGCGACCCUCUUCCUCCAAAGCAGUACCCAAAAUUAGACAGCCAAAACUUUCCGACUGUUUUGAGUCUUCAGAUGACUUGGGUAGAUAAAGUCAUGAAAAAAGAAAAAACAGUUCUGGUUCUUGUAAGCUGGAACAAAAUACUUCAAAAUGAAAUUGGAGCAAUGGUGGCAAAUAUAAAUGGAAUUCUAGACCACCAUCUCUUAAAAGUUCAUCCACAACAAAAUAAUUAAUUGCAACCUAUGACGAAGUUAAGAAUCCCAAAAGCUGCAUUUUGAAUCCAUGCCAAGAACUCUCGACCAGGCCUCCUACUGCCCAAACUCAGUCACUGGUUAAAGUGGUCUCAACAAGAUGUAUGCCACCAAGGUCUCCAAUACCAGUUUCAGCUAUUCCUCUGUCUUUUCCUGAAAAUCAGAGGGAGGAAAUUAAGGCACCAAGGACCAAAAAGAAACCUUUCUGAAAAAACAUAGCAUUCAACAGACCAUUCUAUAUUCAGAAGUUAAACUGUUAGUCACGUUCAUUUAUAGCUCAGGAUAAGUGCUUACCCAUUGACCAAAAAUAACUCUUCUUUCAUACCUCCGUGUGAGCAAAUUUAUUCCAAGAAACCCGGCUGAAUCAUGGUUCAUCAUUCCAAGAGACAGACAGUGCACACACACACACACACGUGCACACACUCACACAGCAGUUAUUUGCUGUGCUAUAGAGUAAAACUUGUGAAAAUUCACUGUUGAGGUACCUAUAUAUAAAUUCAAGGACUUCCAUACUGACAUAUUUGGCAAUCUUUUGCAUGUUUCAAAGAAAUGUCUCACCUAUUAAACUGUUUGAUUCAAAAGAUUGUUCUUUGUUCUUUUUUGGUAUUUUUCAGUAUAACUUCAUCAUCAAUAAAUGGCAUAAUC